UUCCCUCCUGCCAGCAUGUCGUCGUCGACUGACCCGCAGCCGACAAUCGGGCUCAUCGGGAUGGGUGCAAUGGGCCGCAUGUACACCAAAUAUCUCUCUCAAGGCGGAUGGACCAAAAUCCAUGUCUGCGACUUGCCGUCCAAGUACGAGGCGCUCAAGCAAGAAUAUGAUGGUGUACCCGGAGUCGUUGUCCUCACAGAUGGCCAUGCCGUCUCGCGGUCAGCUGACUUCAUCAUGUACUCGGUCGAGGCCGAGUUCAUCGAGUCGGUUGUCGCUGAAUACGGACCCUCAACCAAACUCAACGCGAUCGUUGCUGGCCAGACGUCCGUGAAGGCGCCGGAAAAGGCGGCAUUCGAGAACCAUCUCCCACCGGAUGCACAGAUAGUGUCGUGCCAUUCUCUGCAUGGGCCGGGGGUGUCGCCCAUUGGACAGCCAUUGGUUUUAAUUCGACACCGAGCCUCUGUUGAAGCGCUGAAGCAGGUGGAGACCAUCCUGUCCUGCUUCGGCUCACGCUUCGUCUACAUGUCUUACGACGAGCAUGAUCUUGUAACCGCCAACACCCAGGCCGUGACCCACGCCGCCUUCCUAAGCAUGGGUACCGCCUGGGCGUCAAUGCGGACCUACCCAUGGGAACAUGGACUCUAUGUGGGGGGGAUAGAGACCGCGAAAGUCAACAUUGCGCUCCGCAUCUACUCCAACAAGUGGCAUGUCUACGCGGGCCUGGCCAUUCUCAACCCGAGCGCAAAGAUUCAAAUAGACCAGUUUGCCGCAAGCGCAACGGUGUUAUUCACGAUGAUGCUCGAGUCUGGAAGCGACAGCGAGGCGGAGAAGAAGUUCCGUGACAGGAUAGAGUGGGCAGGCAAAACGGUGUUUGGGGCAGAGAAAAAGCGGACGCCCAUAUUACUGUCCUCCGAUGUUCUCGACCGCUUCAGUCUGGGGACCCCCACGGGCAAGACAGACAAGGCCAACUCCCAUCUAUCGCUACUAGCUAUGGUCGACUGUUGGGCUCACCUCAGCAUCCAGCCCUUUGAGCAUUUGCUCCUCGCUGCUACCCCCAUAUUCCGCCUUUUCCUUGGUGUGGCUGAGCACCUCUUUCUCUCGCCCACUCUUCUCCAAAGCGCUAUUCAUUCAGCGUUGUACGACACUUGGCAUCGCCAGGACGACCUUGAAUUUGUAGUUGCUGCCCGUGGAUGGAGCCAGUGUGUCAGUUUUGGCAGCUUUGAGUUGUAUCGACGGCGCUUUGACGAAACCCGAGCAUUUUUUGAAAGUCGGUUUGAGGAAGCUGGGGUUAUGGGUGGCGAAAUGAUCAAGGCUAUCAUGGAGAGCGAGAAGGAGCGGGAGGCACAACAGUAA